CGGUCACAGAGGUGUUUAAGGAGGGGGGACAUUAAUCACGCUUAUGACGUCUCCUGCUGUUUUCAUCUGGAUAGUGACACCCAGGUAGUGCGCACGGUGUAUAUGAGUCACGCAUUCGCUGAUAAAGGUCCUCAGGCGGCAGACAAAAUCUUCCCCCCAACCGGUGUGUUGGCCCCCACAGUCUCUACCGAGGAAAGGGAGGAGGGAGUUGUCCCCUUCUUCAACCUCCUAUUUCUACCUCAUCCCUCCGGACUCAUCACCCGUCCUGAUUGAUCGUCGGGUGUCUUCCCGGAGGAAGCCCUCCUGCAAGGAGCGAGCAGGACCGCGCGUGGGGGUACAAAGUACGUGGGCGAAUGAGGGAAUUCAGAUGCGGGAUUGAUGGGCACACACCUCCUGCACGCGGCAGCAGCGGUGGCAGCAGCACGCGCCGGGGUCCCCGUCCAGCAGUUCCCGCGAGCAGAGCUGCAAUCCGCGCGUGGAAAAAUGACAGUCAGGCUUGCGGUCACCCUCUUCACACUUCUUCUGCUCGCCCAGGCUGCUCGUUCCGAUUUACUGGAAUAUGGCAACGACGAGGAGGACCUCCACGACACCACAGUCAACCAGAUGCUGGUGCCCCGGUCGCACCAGGAGGACGCGACGCUCAUCCUCAACAACCUGCUGAGGGAGUACGAUAAGACUCUGCGGCCGGACAUCGGUGAGAAACCAACAGUCAUUGAUGUGGGCAUAUACGUCAACAGCAUUGGGCCUGUGUCAUCCAUCGAUAUGGAGUACCAAAUCGAUAUCAUCUUUGCCCAGACUUGGGUGGAUACCCGUCUGCAGUAUAAUAGCAGCAGCAUGCGGAUUCUGACCCUCAAUAGCAAUAUGGUCGGCCUGAUCUGGCUGCCCGACACAAUCUUUAGGAACUCUAAGAACGCCGACUCGCACUGGAUAACAACCCCCAAUCAGCUGCUUCGCAUCUGGAACAAUGGAAAGAUACUUUACACACUGAGGAUGACCAUCAACGCAGAAUGCCAGCUGCAGCUUCAUAAUUUCCCUAUGGAUGAACACUCCUGUCCUCUCGAGUUCUCCAGCUAUGGCUACCCACGGGAUGAGAUUGUAUACAAGUGGAAGCGAAAGUCUGUGGAGACUUCGGACCAGAAAUACUGGAGGCUUUACCAGUUUGACUUCAUGGGGCUGCGAAACACGACAGAUGUGCUCACAACAACGGCAGGUGACUAUGUGCUGAUGACUGUUUACUUUGACCUGAGCAGAAGGAUGGGCUAUUUCACCAUCCAGACCUACAUCCCCUGUAUUCUCACUGUGGUGCUCUCCUGGGUUUCAUUCUGGAUCAAAAGCGACGCCACCCCUGCCAGGACCACCCUAGGUAUCACCACAGUGCUGACCAUGACCACCCUGAGCACAGUGGCCAGAAACUCCCUGCCCAGAGUAUCCUAUGUGACGGCCAUGGACCUGUUUGUCACAGUUUGCUUCCUGUUCGUCUUUGCCGCCAUGAUUGAGUACGCCAUGCUCAAUUACUACUCCUACAUUAUACGCAGACCACCUCCCAAGAUGCAGAGAAUGGCCUACUCAUCCUUCAACAUGGGUCGCACUCCUCGAUCUAUGAUGCCGAUGGGCAACUCUUUAUUUUGGCACGACUAUGACGACAACUGCCUGUAUGAGUGCCUGGAUGGCAAAGACUGCAAGAGCUUCUUCUGCUGCUUUGAGGAGUGUAAAGAAGGUGGUUGGAGGAAAGGACGGAUCCACCUCAACAUCAGGGAGCUGGAUUCCUACUCCCGGGUGUUUUUCCCCACUUCUUUCUUGCUUUUUAACAUAGUCUACUGGGUCAGCUACCUCUACCUCUAGUCUGACUGGGUGGUGACCUUUGGACCCCACUGGAAAAGGUCUUAUCGUUUUGCACCACAACUGGAGAUCUGUGGUCUUAACUGAUAGUAGUGGAAACAAAAAGCCAGGAUCUGGUCUAUGGGAAUUUCUACAAAGCAGCUUCUUCACAGGUGAGAUUUUGAUGGCCAGAAUUUUCAGAAAUGGCGUUUCACAGAUUACUCUCACAAUGAAAACUAAACUGUCAGGAUUAACCUGAAUGGAAAGGCCAAUUUUAUGACUCGUGAGAAGUUCGGGGACAGGGUUGCAAAGCUGAAUCUUGGACAUCAAGAUAGCCAAGCACCCAUAGUGCCUUCUCUGGAAAGGGUGCAGCAACCAAGUAUGCGGCCUCAGAGUUCCCUCAGUUUUUCUUUUUCAUGUCACCCUUCACAAGGCCGCAUGCUGAGCAGUCCAUCUACUGACGAAGUCGACCCGAAUCACAGUUUUUCACAAAUGGACAAGUUUAAAUCUAAUGCUUUUAUUUUGUAGCAGCUUAGUUUUGUUCUAUACUAGGAUUAGUUAUUUUCCUAUGGUAACAUUUCUCCUAUAAUGUUUGUGCUUUCACAGCGAUGCAGCUACACCAACACAUAAGUUCUUAAUUGUUGAAUAGGAGUUAGAGCCGCUGUUUGUUUCUGAUGCUUUAUGACUACAGGAUGCAGUUUACAACAGAUGCCAAGAAGAGUUGGGGAUUUUUAUUCAGUGCUGGGUUACAUUCUUACACAACAAAUGUAUACCAGCCAAACUAAACUUGCAAAUCCCACCCUGGGAAUACUAAAUAUGUUUAAGUUCACAAAUAGAAUUAAAUGUAGGAGUGCUUUCUGGUUUCUCAGUGAGAGCAGAUAUUAAAUUGCUGUAUUAAAUAUGCUUAUUAGGAUUUUUUUACUGUCAUCUUUAAUUUUCCAGUCUCUUUGUAAAUUAAUAGUUUGACAUUUUGCAAGGAUUGUUUCUCAUCUUUCCAUACAUUAUCUGGGUACUACUUAGCCUUUUUUCCUCUCGAAAUCCCUUAAACUCUAUAAAAAGCCAGAAUUUCUAGUUUUCAAUGUCAUGUUCCAUGUUUUUUUCAGUUUUAGUCUUCAAUUUAACUUUAAUAAUAACACAUAUUUACUCAAGGAAUUCACCAAUUACAAAUUACUAGAUUUGGAAAAUGUUUUUAUCUACAACAGACAAUCAGAGAAUCUGGUAAUUUAUUAUAGUAUUUCUCACAUAUGGUUUUGUUUCUUGUACUUUGAUUGCCUAUUUAUAGUGACACAUAUGAGUAUAUGGUACUGGUCUCUCUUCUGUGAGAUGGUUAUGAACUUUGUCUACAAGUAUGGUAAAGCUGAUUGUUUUGCCAAGUGAACUGUGAUUAAACUUGAAAUUUUAUAGAAAGAUAUUACAUAUAUUACAAGAACAUCUCAAAUAAGAAUAUUUAAAAACGUAUAGAGAUUCAUCAGACAGAGCGAAAUAUUUAAAGCCUUUAUUUUUCCUUGUAAUUGUAAUGAUUGUGGAUUAAAGAUAAUGAAAACCCCAAAAUCUGAA